GUCGAGAGCGGAGGCCGCUGGAAGACCGAGUUUCAGCGACCAGCCUACCGUAGCGCGCAGGAGGGCGUCCAAGUUCAGGUCCGGAGCGAUGGCACGAUUGACGUUUCCGAUGGCAGCGCUGGCUGCUGUGCUUCUGAUCGCUGCUGCAUCCUCCACCAGCGCGUUUUGCCCGCCCAAGGUGACCAUAGACUCCGUCACAUACGGCGGCACCGGAUGCAACUGGGAAAACACGAACUACGUGCUUUCGCCGGACUACUCCACCGUCACGUUCAUCUUCGGCGGCAUGGUUGCCACAACCGACGGAGGGCUCGCCAACACGAGGAAGUUCUGCCAGCUCUCCUUCGGGCUGAAGUAUCCUAAGGGCUGGAUUUUCACGCUGGGGAAGGCGACCGGCCGCGGGUUCGCAGCCAUCGGCAAGAACUCGUUGGGAGUCUACGAGUCGAGCUACUACUUCUCCGGACAAACGGGCACGUGCACCAUCAGCCGCAAAUUCUACGGCCCGCAGAGCAAGAGCUUCGAGGCCACGGACCGCUUCCUGACGGUGGUGUGGAGCCAGUGCAACGGCGUUCCCAACCUGAACAUCAAGACGGUGGUGAGGGUGCAAGGCAACAAGGCCGCAAUGUUCCUCGACUCCCAGGACACCAAGUUCCGUCUGGCCUUCGGCAUCCUCUGGAAGAAGUGCUAAGCAGCGAAACACAUCAUCUGUCACUGACAGGGUGACGUCCUCCUGCAGCAGGCCGAGAGGAGAGGACAUUCGUCUUCAAAGCAUCGUCUGCUGUGAACAGUCCGAUGGGAAUACGGAGGAACCGGUUAAUGCGGCGGAGGACACGUUGUACCAGCGUGCGGGGAAGACGAUCUCUGCAAUAACGAGUACCAUAGAACUGUCAAGGGGCGAUAGGCAGGGCCUUCCGCCCUUUUUGUAGUUGUAGAUGGAGCAGGCUAGGGGUCGGUGGUUGUAAGUAUAGACCAAGCAGGGCACUCGGCCAUCUCAGUAGCUCAGUUUACUGUGUUAUAUGCUGUUCGUCACUCUUCGCUGUCAUACGCUUGGUGUGGCUGCUUAAUAUAUUUGCGGACCCAUA